AUGCGAGGUGUGCACAGUGUGUUCGCUGUCGUCUUGCUACUCUGGGCGCAGCAAGCGAGUCCGCUGCGGCUGCCCGGCGCCGACGACGUGCGACGCUGGCUACGCCCGCGUGUCGGGAGCGCAGAUGCUCCCAACGCGCCGCUGCCCGCUGGCGCCCUCAUCUCAGCCAAGUCAGCUGUGGUUGUGGGCCUGAAAGCCAGCAGCGGCAACGCAGGCGGCAGCAUUGAUGCUGUUGCGACCGUGUUCAAUGCGGGCGCACUCGCAUCGGUUCGGACAGCGGCGCGGCAGCACGCCGCACGCGACUGGCCCGAGCAGCAGCAGCUGAAGCAGGAACAAGAGGGCCAGCAGCGGAAAGGGAAGCAGGCUGGGCCACAUGAGCAGCGUCUAGGCUUCACCGGCUGGAGCCUCGGCGGCCGCACCCCCGCCGACGACGCGGCGUCGGCGUUUGAUCCGUACCGCGCCCACUU